AUUCUGUUGAAACCCUAACUAGUUAAAAAAGACAAUGGAAUCAAACACAAAAAAACAAAAGUCAGAGAUAGCGGCGCUUGAGGAGAAGCUUCCAUGGGAGAUGAUUGAAGAGAUACUCUCUCGCGUCCCUCCAGAAUCACUCGUGCGCUUCAGAGUUGUUUGCAAACGAUGGAAAGCUAUAUUGGACGACAAGACGUUCGUAUACAACCACAAGGACACGUUUCGAUUCAUCCUAACAACUAAAUCAAAGAUUUAUUCGGUGAGCAUUGAUCCCAAGAUAGUGGUGCGUGAGUUAUCAUUGGAUAUUCCCGGCCGUUUGGAAUCUCAAAAACCUACGAAGUUGGUUAAUUGCGACGAGUUCUUGAUAUGUAGCACGGAUACAGGAGCCGCAGUUUGUAACCCGUGGUUGAAACAAAUUACUUGGAUUAGGGAAACUAGAUUUAAAUUCCAUGGCAUAGGUUAUCCUCAUACUAAUACUAAUAGUACAGGUGAGAAAAGAGCGUACAAGACAAUUUGGUGUAAUUAUGUCAAGUGGAAAAUCUACGACCUUGCCUCAGGUACGUGGAAAUACGUGGUGUCUAAACCCGGUGAUACUAACAAGGAAAAAAAACAAAUUGCACUGGCACAUUCUCUAAGUGGUGUCUUGAUGAAUGGAAAUUUGUUUUGGAUUGUUUCUGUUGACGAGACAAAGUAUCACCUAGAAACCUUUGAUUUUUCGAGGGAAGGAUUCUACAGAUUUUGUGAUCUACCAUGUGGGAAGAGACAUCCUCUCGAUGCUCUAGUCCUUAGGGUCUUUAAGGGAGAUAGGUUUUCGGUGUUAAAGCAAAGCAAGGUAACAAAGAAGAUUGAGAUUUGGGUGACUAAGAACAAGGUCAACGUUGAGGAUGAUGGUAAAAGCGUGGUUUGGAUGCGUUUAAUGAAUUUUUCAAUUCCUAACCUUCCCCGUUUAGCACAGGCCACCUACUAUCAGCAGCCGAGUUACUUCAUUGACAACAAUGAAAGGCUUGUCGUGUGUUGUUGCGAUAAAACUGGCAAACCUUGGAUCUAUAUUAUGGGGGAUAAUAAGUUGAUCAGCAAAGUCCACUUAGAUUCUGUGGCUGAUCCUUGGCCUUUGCAUUGCACUUGUUUUCCCAGCUUGGUCCCGGUUCCUCGAGGUCAAAGAGAUGAACCAGAAUAACAAGUUUUAUCUUAUUACGUGUGUUUUCUUGUUUUGGAACUAGAGAUUCAGCUAAAUUUCAUUUUUGUUUUGCCUCUUUUUUUUUUUUUGGAGAUUUCUUUUAACGCUGUGAUUUCAUUCAUUAUCGUGUAGAUGAGAUGAAAAACUCAUCACAAGUUCAAAACAAAAAAAAAUGCAAGAGAGUAAAUUUCAUUUUUGUUUUGCC